AAAAUUUAAACCCCCACAUUUCUUCUUCCACACUUCUAUCUCUACUUUUUAAAACCUCAUUAAAACCCCCUAACCUUCCCUUCUCUCUCUAUCUCUUUCUCUCUCUAAAACAAAAACCAGUGUGGGAGGAGAGAAUCGAGAGAUCAUAUAGAGCGAGAAACAAAAGGUGCGCUUCUCACAUCAAAAACCCAAAAAAUCCAACCACUAAAUUCGAAACCAAAAAAAAAAAAAAAAAAUUACAAAAUCGCUGUGCGUCUCUCUGAAACCGAAACGCACAGCAGUAAGCAGAGAGAGCGGAAGGUUCCAGAGAAAAAAUGGGGCAGAAGGCGCUGAUCUACGCGUUCGUGGCGCGAGGGACUGUGGUUCUCGCGGAGUACACGGAAUUCAGCGGCAAUUUCAACUCCAUUGCCUUCCAGUGCCUCCAGAAGCUUCCUGCUACCAACAACAAGUUCACCUACAACUGCGAUGGCCACACCUUCAAUUACCUCGUCGACAAUGGCUUCACAUACUGUGUGGUUGCGGAUGAAUCAAGUGGAAGACAAGUACCUAUUGCAUUUCUGGAGCGUGUCAAGGAUGACUUUGUUGCAAAAUAUGGCAGUGGAAAGGCUGCUACAGCUGCUGCGAACAGCCUGAACAAGGAAUUUGGGUCAAAAUUGAAGGAGCAUAUGCAAUACUGUGUUGAUCAUCCUGAAGAAAUAAGUAAGCUCGCAAAGGUGAAGGCACAGGUUUCAGAAGUUAAAGGUGUUAUGAUGGAGAAUAUCGAAAAGGUUUUGGAUAGGGGGGAAAAGAUAGAGCUUUUAGUCGAUAAGACUGAGAACCUUCAUCAACAGGCACAGGACUUUCGGACUGUGGGGACUAAAAUGCGGAGGAAGAUGUGGCUGCAGAACAUGAAGGUGAAGCUGAUUGUUUUGGGAAUCCUGAUUGCCUUAAUCCUUAUCAUAAUCAUGUCUGUUUGCCACGGUUUCAACUGCGGUAAAUGAGUCCGUUGCCGUUCUUAAGAAAAUAUUCUCGCCUUGUCACCGAACUUUUGCAAUUUUAUUGUAGCAUUAUAAGAGAAAGAUCAUAUAUCUGUUGCAACUCUGUACUUAGUUAAAAGUAGUGAUUUUCCGAUGUGGCACGAGUCGGAAGACGUAUUUUUUGUGCGAAUGGACCUCAUAUAUUGUGUUACUAUGUUAUAAGAAAUGAGUGCGUUGCUUAAUGAA